ACGUCACUGGUAGCCACGCUGCCUACUAUUUCUGGAAGGGGCAGUGAAUGAAACUCUGACGAAAUAUUCCCACAACAUUACGCUUUCAUUGUUUUUUCCCUGAGCAGCAAUGUUUACUAAACUAUUAUCUGUAAACAACAACGUUUUCAAAUGUUUGAAAACUCUCCAAGUCCGCUCUGCUCGAGGCUUUAGCAUUGGAGCUUCGUGUCUCGGUUCAGUGAGUUUAAAGGGUCGCAGCUGUCUCACUCUGAAAGACUUCAGCUCAGAUGAAAUCAAGAGGCUGCUGUGGGUGUCUGCAGAUCUGAAACAUCGGAUCAAACAUGAAAAACAGUAUCUUCCUCUUCUGCAAGGAAAGUCCAUUGCUAUGAUAUUUGAGAAGAGGAGCACCAGAACAAGAAUGUCCACAGAGACAGGUUUUGCUUUGCUUGGCGGACACCCCUGUUUCCUCACCUCUCAGGACAUCCACCUGGGCGUCAAUGAGAGCAGCACAGACACAGCAAGGGUUCUCUCAGGUCUCUGCGAUAUUGUCUUGGCUCGCGUAUACAGCCACUCCACGCUGGAGGAGCUGGAUAAGGAGGCCUCCAUCCCCAUCAUCAACGGCCUCUCUGACCUCUACCACCCAAUCCAGAUUCUGGCUGACUUCCUUACUUUACAGGAGCAUUAUGGGUCCCUCAGUGGACUAACAGUGAGCUGGAUUGGAGAUGGGAACAACGUCCUGCACUCCUUUAUGAUGUCUGCAGCUAAAUUGGGAGUUCAUCUUAAGAUUGCUACCCCAAAGGGGUAUGAGCCAGACAGGAGUGUUCUUCAAGAGGCACAAAGACUCUCCAGAGAGCAUGGGACCCAGCUUGUUCUGACCUCUGACCCGAGGGAGGCUGCAACCGGCAGCGAUGUUUUGGUUACCGACACCUGGGUCAGCAUGGGACAGGAAGAAGAGAAGAAAAAGAGACUUAAUGACUUUAAAGGUUACCAGAUUACAAUGCAGACAGGAAGUGUGUCCAAACCAGACUGGACCUUCCUGCAUUGUCUCCCUCGGAAAAUGGAGGAGGUAGAUGACGAGGUAUUCUACUCAUCCCGCUCCCUCGUCUUCCCCGAGGCAGAGAACAGAAAGUGGACAAUCAUGGGUCUGAUGGUGUCUCUUCUGACUGACUACACUCCACAGAUGCCUAUGCUCAAGUUUUAACUUCAGCUCCAAGGUGGAGUCUUACUCGUCUGUCCUGAUGUAUGACAGUCCUGAUGUAGCUGCCUCUGUAAAGUUUAAUGUCAGAUUUUACUUAUUGAUAGCACCAUCACAACGCUACAUGGGUUACCACAAAAUAACAGUGUUUACAUUGUUUAAGUCACUUUAUGUUUUAGAGCAUGGAUACCAUUGUUUGCUUUGUUCAGCUGUUCAGUUAUAGGUCAAAAUUAUCUGUUUACAUUCUACUUUUAAUGUGAUAAGGGGCGAGGAUUACAACGUGUGUGAGUUUUACAGUGGAAAUAUGUUUGACAUGUGUUACUGACAAGGAAAAAGAUUACUGAGCUUUUCCUCUACUUGCAUAAUGUUGUCGUGACUUCUCUACGAUCUCCAAGCGCACUGAAAAUUUGAAGGAGAAAAUGCGGUCGGUCCUAGCUGACUCCUUGCAGUCUCUACAUGGCAUUAACACAGCCACUGUAACUCCAACAUGAAGUUACAUUUUUAAGGAAAUGCCCAUUGGUCACUGUGCCUAAGCCCAGUAAAUGCACAAGUAUAAAUCCAGCUUUACAGCCAAAAUCUUUGUUCACAUCACCCUGGUGACCCAGUAAUCUAAGACAUAUACCAAAGUAUACCCCUCUCUCCUCACCUGUUUGCCUCUGUUGUAUACUAUCUAAUAAAAGCUAAAUGCCAAAAAUGUGUUUUUUAAAAAAGACAUUGUAUAUAAUUAUGUACGUUGCGUAUCAGUUGUUAAGUUCAGAUUGGUUUUUCAAGUGAGUACUGUAUCACCAUGGGGUGUUAAAUGCUUUAGAAAAUGGACAAAACACUGGCAUCAUAGAUGUCCUAAAGCAGUGGUUCUCAAAUGGUGUGUCAUGGGAUUUUGUGAUAACCACACAUUGUUAUUAUAAUAGCAUAGCAUAUUAUAGCAAUAUUCAACUAGGCCUAUAGAAAAAGUUAGGAAUUAAUUUUUAAUUGACUUUAUCAGUAUUUUGUGUGCACCCAUUUUCUAAUAAAGAGGCAAACUCUGACUAUAAACUGUAAUUUCAUUGAAUUUAAUUUAAAAAAUCUUCACAGGGAACCUAUUUGUUGCCAUUGACAUGUGGGAAUUACAAGUGUAAAGCCCUGGUUGGCAGCCAGUGUGAGGGAUGAUAACAUUUAAAAGGAGAAAGCCGUGAAUGGGACAAUGGAUCGUUUUAUUGUACAGAGCAAAUUACAACUUAGCACCAGUGAAGACGACCUACCACUGAAAGAAAAGAGAAAAAAAAAACUGGCAAAACCUACCUGUCUGAUUUUUUUCUUAUUUAUAUUGCCUUCUGUGGUGAUAAGAGUGAUGACAUGUUAUAGUCUUAAAGUAAAAGAAAUUUGUGUUGUCAGAUUAAUCCAGUUAAGAGGAUUUUUAUAUCCUUUUUAAGUCUGAAUGUAUACAAAUGUGCCUUUGACAUCAUGCUCUUCACUUUUAUAAUACUACUUAUGAGUUUUUGUAUUGUUCAGUUUACAUCAGAAUACAUCUAAAACUGUAUUGUUUGCAUUCAGAAUAUAAAAUAUGUUUUAAAGGGCAGAAUCCCACAAUAUAUCACAAUCUGGCACCCUCUCAAAUCACACCUUGCACAAAGUACACUUCCUGAGUUGUAACCCACUCUUCUACAAUAAUAUGAGUUAUUGAGUGAGACAAGGGUAAUGGAUAAGGGAAUAGAAGGAGUUAAGGAAGUUCUGUAUUUAGACUUAGUUUCCCUGUUUUUAAUUUUUAUUAUUUUCCCCCCCUGUAUUUACUUUAUGUGCAUUUAAUCCACAUAUGUUUUGUCCUGUUUACAUGUUCAUGCUCAUGUUUUCCUGCAUCUGUGAGCUUAUUAUUCCUAUGUUAUUUUCUGUAAAAUGAAAUGAGGGCUGACACUGCAACAUGAUAUAUGUAAUUUUAUCUUUGGCUCAAUAAAAUAUACCU